AUGGCGCUGUGGACUCCUGGCCCCGUGUUCCAGCCCCCUGCAGAGCUUCCUGGACACUGGAAGGAGCAUCUUCCAUCUUUCCAGCAGGACUGGAUCCGGAAGGCUUUAUUCAGGGCUAACCCUAAAACAGGGAAGCCAGAGCUGGUGCCACAGCUCACCUUCUGGUGGUACCCUCCCCAGCCUCCGACCACCUUCACCCAACCUCAUGCCUCUCCUGAUCUCUUCUUCUGCCGCCCUUUGUUUCUCUGGAUGCCUCUGAAGAUGUGGUCCAUUCCACUCAUCUGUGUCCAGCCAGCUUGCAAUAGUCACAGGCUGACUGCAGCUGGCCUGUACAGCACUGUGCGCAAGGUGCUGGACAUAGAUGGGUGGUAUGAUAUGGCCACAGAGUAUCUAGAGUGCAAAGGGUGUAAGAAGAAGUAUCCGGCCUGGUCAGAGGACAUCCUGGGACAGCUGGACAUGGGACACCGCAGGAAAUUCCCCGCCCUUCUGACAUACAGGUACUCAUGCGACUACAGAGUGGUCAUCCUGAUGCGGGAGAGAACACAGGGCAACAGCGUCACGCAGCUUCACAAGAAGCUGCAAGAGGAGCACAGCGCAGCAUGGACCCGGCGCACGCUGGAGUACUUUGCUGCCUGUGAGCCCUUCACUGACUCCUGUCUGGUCGAGCCGCCAGUGUUCUCUGCCCCCCCGCCCCUCCCGGCCCUCCCUAAACCCAAGUGGCUCCUGGCUGUGUACGCCAGGGACGUCCUGUCACGGCUGCCUGAGGUAAAGGCCAGAAUAACCUCUGUGUUUGGCUCCGUGCUCAAGAUGGACUCCACCAAAAAGGUUACCAAGAAACUGGCCGGUGCAGCUGCCAACACAGCUGGGUGGUGCACCAAUGUGGGCAACGAGCAUGGCCAGGUUCUGGUGUCAGUCCUAACAGCAGCAGAGGGCCAUGGACUGUGGCCCAUGGCGGCUGGUCUUAUGAGGCGCUACAGAGAGGCAGGAGUGGCACCUCCUGCCAUAAUGUAUGUGGAUCGGGACUGCUGCAGCCCCCACGGACAGUCACAGCAGGAGUCACCACUGAGGCUCAUCAGCUAUAUGGAGUAUUCAUGGCUCGACUGUCCAGCUGAUGUUGCUGCUCUUAGGCUGGCCAAGCAGGGGCAGCUUCUGGCCCAGGGAGUUGGUCCAGUCUCUGAGAAGGCCCUGGUCGAUGAGAUGGACAGUGAGAAGGGGAGGGACACUCUGGGAGUGCCCCUGGUGGACCACGAGCGCAUUCAGCAGGUCUGGAAGGACCAGCAGAGAGACAUCACCUGUAUUCAGGACCCAGAGGGCUUCUCUCUGUACCUGAAGACAGGGACACUGAAGAAAGGUGGUGUGGACCUCUGCUGCUACCGCUGUGCUCGUGGCUCCACCUCCUUGGAGUCCUUCCACCUCCAUCUAAAUCGGUUCAUCCCAGGGACCAGUGCCAGCGACGCCCACUUCCAGGCCUACCUUCUGGAGGGUCUGAUGCGCUGGAACCAGGACCGCAUGGAGGAAGCUGUGAGAGGAAGCUGUGAGCUGAGGAUUUACAGCAGCGCUGAGAGGGAGGCCAUGGACCGACUCAGCCGCAAGAUCCUCAAGAGGCCCUUGGACGAGCGCUACCAGCCUCCUGGGUCAUAUACAGGGGAGCUUCUUGGGAUGGAGUACCUUUACAGUCAGUCUGGUCGUUCGCUGACUGUAAUGGACAACCCAGAGGAAGAGGAUCGGCUGGUGGAGCUGAUGGAUGAUGAGGCGGUGCGCGAUGAAGGCUUUGUGGAGGAAGAACCCGAGGACCUGACCGUGCCCGUCCUCUUUGCUCCAGAACACAGCAGCGUCCAGCAGGCCUCCAGCCCCUCUUCCUCUGCACCGUCCACAUCCAGCCGAGGAGAUCCAUGUCAGCUCCUCAACCAGAGUCCUCUGCCUCCUCCAGGGCCGUCUCCCCUGCAGCGCUCUGUCCAGCCUCCUCUACAGCCUCCUCUACAGCCUCCUCCUGUGCAGCGCCCUGCUGAUCCUCCUCUGCCUCCUCCUCUACCUCCUCCCCUGCAGCGCUCUGUCCAGCCAACUAGAGCCUCUGGUCCUGCAGCAUCAGCUGGGUCCAGCGUUGCAGACCAGGCCCCUGCUGCAGUCCUCGGACCUGACGGCAUACCUGGCUGGGAUAAGGUCCAGGACUUGGCGGAGUACCUGGUGUCCCUGCGUCAGGCGCUCUAUCUGGACGAGCAGCAGGUCACAGAGACCAUCCGUCUGUGGACCGCUCUGCCUGAAGGGGACAAGAGGCGGAUCAAUUAUCAGCCCAGGCACCAAGACAAGCUGGCCCACGGCCGCUUUAAGGCCCCCAGGAAUACGGGCGUCACCCCGGGUGUGGACAGCGUCAAGAGGUGCCUGAUUGGUCAUCCAGGGGGACCGGCUCAGUGGCCCAGCACCAGUCGUCUAGUUGAGGCUCUGUGCAUUAAAUUGUGUUCACUGCACAAGUCCCCAACUAAGAAGGAUGGAGUGCGGCUUCCUCGGUGGACCAAGGUGCUCACGGACUACCACCACAUCCGCGACCUGGUGCUGGACUGCCACCCCCUGAUGGAGGCCACCUCACUUCAGCUUUUUGUCCUCAACCAGAGGACUCUGACACAGUGGUUUAAUCGAAGGGAGAGCACGCAGGAGAUCAGUGUCCUCACCCAGGGCCUUGCUGCAGAGGACCACAUCGUUGUGGCCAGCUCACAGCUGCCUCCUCCGCGGGAGAAGCUGGACAAAGUGUCGCCCCCAUCAGGACUCCAGCAUGAGUUUGCCCUCCCGCCGAACAGAGCAGGACAGGCUCCUAAGCUGCGGCCAGGCAGACGACCUGCUAGUGCCACAGUCGUGCAGCCCGUCACCCCAGCAGCUCCUCUUCCUGUCCCAGCUCAGCUUCUUUUAUUGAACCCUGGGUCGACAGUGAUGGCAGCAGGUCAUCACAGGGCUGCUCCUCCCCUGGCUCCUCAUUUAACACCUGCCACACAGGUGGCUCCUGCACCCACUGCCCCUGCGUCUCUGUCCCGCUUCACUGAGAGGAACAGGCGGCGCAGGGCAGAAGAGGAGGCCACCGGGAGCCAGAAAAGAAAGUAUGUCAGAGAAGUGGCUUUUAACAAAUGCAGCAAAUGUGGGCAGCCAAAAACUAAAGAGUUUGGCCACAGCCGCUUCGGCAGCGCCACUUUCUGCCCCAGUGCUUCAGGGGGCAAAUCCUUGGAGCAGUGGCUGGUAGAACAGCGGCAGCUGAAGAAACCGGGAAACCCACCCUAAUAAUGAUGAUGAUGAUAAUAAUAAUAAUAAUAAUAAU